CAGGUCCAUAAGGCGGCGCCAGGGAUCUGGCCAGAGGGAGGGUCGGACAUUCCCCAGAUCCGGAGACAGUUGGAGACUGUGUGGACGACCUCGGGGGACAGUGAACAGACAGACACACCUGGGAGGCUUUGACCGGGGGAGGCGAAUGAAGGACAUGGGGUGCGGGGAGUGAGGGAGCCGCUGUCACAGAGGGAUCCAUGGAAGCCCGUGGGGACCCUCUCAACAUCUUCCCGCCCAGUGUAGAGAGCAAACCGCAGCUGGCCUGCGGAACCCACGAGGGAGCAGGCAGGCAGCAGGCCUGAACACCCGCACCAUGACCAGCUGCCACCGCCACUCAGGGUACCUGGCGGAUGAUGAGGCCAGCCGCCCCUAUGUGGCUCGGGUGCAGCCACCUAAGAAGCCACUGUUUCCAGAAAUGAGACAAACGUCCAGGCUGGGCUUCAUGCCACACCCACCACCAGCAAGCAGCGCUGGGCUUGUUGGUCACUACCGAAAUUCAAAGGGCCCUCAGCCCUUUGGCAACUUUAUGGACUUCCUGGUUGAGGGCCAGGUGCUGGAUAGCCUGCAGACAGUAGUAGAGGAAGCAACGGAGCGCGUGGCCACCAUGAAGACAGAUGCUGGGAUGCCACUGGUGGAGGUGCUGGACCCACUGGAGGUGCCAUGUAUUGGGCGUCGGGUGCGGGCCAGGCCCAGUCUUAGUACUGUACACAGGCACCGCACCCAACCCAGCCUCUGUACUGGGUACCCUAACAACUACCCAUCAUGCUCCAGCUCUGCAUCUGACUCUCAUAGCAGCUUUACAGCUGGCUGGAUGGGUUCUCAUAGCCGGGACAGUGACCCAGGCACCCAUGGCUUAGGCCAUCUGCCACCCAUAAAGGAUAGACUCCUGCUGGAGAAGAACCUCAAAAGACUCCUGCGAAUGGAGAACAAAGGGAAAGCCCUGGGUCUGUCCUCCCAGAGGGACUCCCUGUUCUGUGACUCACUGGGCAGCCGGACCAGUAGCCAGUGGACCUCAGAGGAGCCUCUGUCCUGGGUCUCAGGCCUGAUGCGCUCCAGCUCAAGCACACCUGAAAUAUCGGAGGCAGGCCCUGGAGAGCGAGAUCUGAUCUUCCUCAAUCGAGAGUUCAACAAAGAGAUCAAAUCUUUGCUGAGCCAGCCCCAAUCCUGUGACCUGCAUGGCUACAGUUCUCUCCGAGAGCCCCAUCGUACCCUGGACUUCUUGGCAGAGCACCACCUCUUUCCUGACCUGCAGCAUGUGGUCAGCCAGGCUGUUGAUAAGCUCAGCCAUGCCCUGCGCCAUAAUGGCUGUCCUCUCUUCCCAGUCUUCACAUCGAAAGGAUCUGAGGCCACCGCAGAGCCUAACACCAACUCUACUCCAAGCAUAUACACUAAUCAGGAGUUGCUUCAUGAGCGCAAAAAUCCCAGGAAUCCAAUCCCCACAUCUUCCAACCUUAAAAUGGUUCGAAGCAAAAACAACAAAGGCAGAGGAGAGGGCAAGCCCAAGGAAGGCAGGUCCCCUGUGGCUAGUGCCUAUGUGACCAACAGAUUCAGGCUCCAGGGGACGUACAUGGAAGAUUCCAAGGUCCCCAGACCCUCACCUCACCCCUGGCAGGAGUCUCCUUACUGGGAUCCUGAAGUCCAGAGGCCACCCAUGUCUGCUUCUGGGUUGGUGAGCUCCAGGCAAAGAGCUGAGCCCUAUAGAGGCCUCCACAUCACCUUGCCCUCCCAUGGGAUCAGGGUAGAAAAGCCCUCUGACCCAACUCACUCCAUCACCCCCGACAGAGAUUCACCUGCCUCUCCUUGCCUUGUCUCCUCCCACUUCCUCCCAAAACACCCUCAAACCACCAUGAACUCCAGUAGUAAAGGCACAAAGAAGAAGCCACAGUCCCCUACUUCACCCAUCUCCUCCACAACCGAAUCUGGAGUGUCUGAGCCCUGGCAGAAUGAUAUCAUCAACUACUUGACUGAGCAGGCCACCUCCUUGCUUCUCUGCAAGUACAAGUACGAGAAGGACCUCACCAAGCAGCUGGGUUUCAUCUCCUUCUCCGUCAUCGAAGCCCUCAUGGAUCUCUUCUUGGGCCUCAAGAAGGUGAAGGGAUCCCGUAUCCGUCUGUCCUCCCAGAUUGACUGGAACUGCCUGGUGAAGAGGCUGGAGGAGCUUGAACAUUCCCACCAGACAGCACAGCAUGGGGCCUGGAAGGGCUCCCGCCCAGGCUUCCAUUCUGGAUCCAGAUUUGGGUCCUGGCUUGAGCCCCACCAUGGGUCCCGCCCUGGGUCUCGUCAUGGGUCUCAGGUGGGGUCGCAGCAGACCUCAAGGCAUAGUGUAGAGGUCUCCAAGGAGGUUUCCAACACAGAACAAGACGAGACCAACGUAGAACCUGAUGGCACCAUGCAGCCAGCCCUCCAGACAGAGGUGCUGGGUGCCCCACUGGAAGCCCCUCUGGAGAACACCCCACCUGAGGAGCAGGAGCCCACUGCCCUGUCAGAAUCCAAACUCUCUGUGUCCUCUAACACUAAAGUGGACUACACUCAGUUCAUGCAAGGCGAGACCAAGGAUGACAGAAGGAAUAGCAAGGAGGCCAGCAUCUUCCCUGAGCCCAACUAUGAGUCUGAGUACUGGCCUGACUCUCAGGAAGUAGAAAUUUCUCCCAGCCCCUCCUCAGAAAUGGACCAUGAUGACCCUCCAUGACACCCCCCAAAACCAUCCCCAGAUCUCAAUUCCUUGCUCCUCCUGCUCCAACAAAAUGUUGUGCAGCCAGCUAGCCCUGCCCCGAACAGAGGGCAAAGGAAUGAGUGCCUGCAUGGACCUCUGCUGAGCCCCUCCCCGUAAAUAAAGAGAACUGGAGCUUG